AUGGAGGCUGCGAAGGGAUACGCAGCCGCAGCGUAUAUGAUUGUCCACCUCGGCGUGCGCGCCGUAUCGGCUAUCCUGACGGAGGAGGAGCAGGCGUGCUUGAAGCGAAUGUCGCACGACGAUUUUAUAACUAUUCUGAAGUUCCCCGGCGCGUGGAAGCAGUGGCAGAGGUGGGAGGAGCUCAUGCCGCGGUGGCGCGCGCACUACGAGAACCUCGCGCGCAAGCACGGGGAGAUGGACACCGUGCGCAUCGGGCGGAAGAAGCGCAAGGGAAAGGAACAAGCCAUUGCGCCCGUGGGGAAAUUUACAGCCGCCGCCGCGAUGAACGGUCUGCAGACGCCUAUGUUUGCCCUUGACCCAGGCAUGCACGUGGAGCAGGGGAUGGGAGGGGAGGCUGUUGGGGUAGUAGGAGGGGUGGUAGGGAUUGGGGGGGUUGGAGGGGGAGAAGUUGCAGGGGUAGGAGGGAUGGGUGGUGUUGGGGAGCCAGGAGUACUGGAUAAUGGUUAUGCUGGAGGGGAAGGGGAAGAGGAGACUGGAUGUGCUGGUGAAGUGCUGGGUUACAACCAGCAGGCGGUGACAACACUCGGGGUGGUCAAGGACGUAAGCAUGCUUUGUCACGUGAAAGACCCUCUCUUUCCGUUUGCCUGCUCUCAUGUGUGCGUGCAGGCGGUGCUGGGGUACAACCAGCAGGCGGUGACAACACUGGGAGUGGCCAAGGACGUGGGCGACAACAUGGGUCUACUCGCAGGGCUGCUUGCGGACAUGGUGCCGCCAUGGCUCGUCAUUGCUGUUGGCACUCUGCUGGUCCGUUCACUACUCUAUUGA